AUGCCGCACUUCUUGGAGGAGACGCGGGCGAUCCGUGAAGAUCCGACGUGGAGAGUUGACCCCCAGCCGCGCGCGCUGGAAGAUCGACGCGUGGAUAUUGGAGACGUGUCUCCUGCGAACCGUGAGUUCUUGCUGUGUGCAUUGAACUCGGGGGCUCAGGGUGUGCAAGUGGACUUCGACGACGGGCAUUGCCCCACGUGGAACAACACGAUCCAGGGGCACUUCAAUGUGCUGCAAGCUGCUCGAGGGCUACUGGAGGUUUCGGGCCAACGGAUCGUGGAGAACCCAGCACUUCUUGUCAUCCGUCCACGAGCAUGGAACAUGGAUGAAUCGCACAUGCUGGUGAAUGGGCGUGUUGUACCAGGCGCACUGUUUGACUUUGCGAUGCAUUUGUUCCACAACGGCAAGCAUCUUUUGAAGACUGAAAGGGGUCCAUUUCUGUAUCUUCCAAAGCUGGAAGGAUACACAGAAGCUACACUGUGGAGGAAAACCUUCGAGUACACUGAAAAGAAGCUCGGCCUUCCACACGGAUGUAUCAAGGCGACGGUGCUGAUCGAGAACAUUUUUGCAGCGUUUGAGAUGGACGAGAUUCUAUAUGAGCUCCGUCACCACUCCUCCGGUUUGAACUGUGGCAUGUGGGACUACACGGCGUCUAUCGUGGUCAAUUUUCGCCUGAAACCCGAAUUUUCGCUGCCCGAUCGUCAACAAUACUACAUGGACUUGCUGAUUCUCACGUGCAAACGUCGUCACGCCCCGGCCACUACCGGCAUGGUGCCGUUUGUUUUGUCGGAGUUGCCGUCGGGGAUGUCACAAGCAGAGGCAGUUGAAAAGGCUACAUCGGGCAAGGGCAUGGAAGCUCUAGCCGGGUCUGACGGAGCACUUGUGUACGACCUGGCGCUUGUUGAGCCGGUGGCCAAAGUGUUCACGGAGACUCGCGGAAAGAUCAACGAGGCUGAUCGCUCUCCACUUACCUUCGACGAGGCGCUACUGACCGAAAAACUGCUUACACUGCCACGCGGAGAUGUGACGUUGAAAUCGGUGGAGAUGAAUGUACGAGUGGCACUUUUGUAUGUCAUUCACUGGCUGUAUGACCAUGGUACAGUCGUCGUGAAUGGAUGCAUUGAGGAUUCAGCAACUGCCGAAAUCUCAAGAGCCCAGCUUUGGCAGUGGGUGCACCAUCGUGUGCCGAUCGCAGGGACACCACGGCGCGUCGACGCCACGUAA